GUGUAUUGUAGGGGUUCUGCCGUGGGUUCUAAACCACCCUGUGAUGUCAUACUGCUUUGGUUGUGGCUCUAAGUUUGGCCUUUUUAAGAAAGAGCAUUCAUGCAAAAAAUGUGGAAGACUCCAUUGCAAUAAAUGCUUAACAAACAAAUUGGUAUUACCCUCCUCAAAAGCUGAACAAGAAGUGUGCAGAAGAUGCUUUGAUUCAGUCAGAAAAGAUGUAUCAGCCAAGAGCUUUAAUGACAGCCAAGGCAAAGGAAGAGAGGUACAGGAACCACCUCCCCCUUACCCUGGAGGAGGGGCCACUGCAAGGAAGAAUUGGGGCCAACCUGAAAUCAGCCAAAGCAGGAAUGACCCAGAUUUUGAAAUCCAGCAAAGGCUUGACAAACUAAAGGAGAAAGAGCAAGAAGAACAUGUCAGCUCAGAGGGAAGCGUCAAUGAGAAAUUUGCCUCUCUAACUGGGCGGCAUCCGACAUCAGCCAAGAGCAGUGACAUUCUUACACCACGACCAAAGCUGACGGAGGAAGAAGAGGUCAAGAGGCUGAUGGAAGGUGCAAUGGCAGAGGCAAAUCUAGAAGAUUCACAACCUAAGGAUGUAGCUGGAGAGACGGAUAUCAAAGGCUUAGAGAACAGGCUGUUGAAACUGAAGGGAAUUGACCCAGAAUCUGUGAAGAAAUCGCAAACUGAAGACGACAGUUCAGAAGAUGAAGUAGAAGCUACUGCGAAAGUUAUUCAAAAGGCUCUCGCUGAAGCAAGAAUUGAUGAAAAAGUACACGCAGAUGGCUAUGGCAAGCUAGUUGCUGGGAAUGAGAAUUCAACUGAAAACGAUUUGCAACUCCCUGCGGUGCCAUGCCAUGCAGUUUCCUGGAAACCUUCUUCAAAACACACAAAUCCGGAAGAAGAUGAAGAUCAAGAGCUACCGUGGUGUUGCAUUUGUAACGAAGACGCGUCACUUCGUUGUCAUGGUUGUGAUGAUGACCUUUACUGCAAACGCUGCUAUAGGGAAGGCCACACGAAUUUUGACAUGACAGAUCAUCAAACGUCACCUUUCAAAGCUCGAAAAAAGAGAUAAGAGAAAGUGGAAGUCAUUAUCAUAAAUCAGAAGCAAGAGAAGGCCAAGACAGGAGCCCAGGGGAACACCACACCUAAUGUUUUCUGGUUUAGAACAAACACAAUUAACUUUGCGUAGCUGCGUUCUUUUGGUAAGGUAGGAAGAGAUCCAAGUGAGUUCUAAUUUUUCUCGUCAACUUAGCAAGUAGAAUGUCAUGAUCUACAGUAUCAAAUGCCCUAUUAAGAUCAAUAAAUAUGUUUGCAAUGUA